CAACAAACACAGCUACUUAUCGCAGUGUACUAAACAAGACGUACUAGCUAGAUUUCGUGAGGUAAAAUCAGUGCAAUAUCACUUGUGCAAGAUGGAGUACCAGGGACAGCACGGUCAGGCGACCAACCGCGUCGACGAGUACGGCAACCCGGUCGCCGGACACGGCGGCGUCAUUGGAGGACACGGAGGGGGCGUCGGCACCGGCGCCAAGGUCGAGCAGAAGGCCCGCGGGAUCCUACACCGCUCCGGCAGCUCAAGCUCCAGCUCCAGCUCGUCUGAGGAUGAUGGCAUGGGUGGGAGGAGGAAGAAGGGCAUCAAGGAGAAGAUCAAGGGGAAGCUCCCUGGUGGCCACAAGAACCAGCAGCAAACCGCCGCUACCGGUGGCGCCUACGGGCAGCCGGGUUACACUGGGGUGACCGGCACCGGGGUGCAUGGCACCACCGCGCCCAUGGGUACCUACGGACAGCAGGGUCACACUGGGGUGACCGGCACCGGGGCGCAUGGCACCACAGCCACCGGCGGCGCUUACGGGCAGCAAGGGCACACCGGAGUGACCGGCACGGGGACGCAUGGCACCGGAGAGAAGAAGGGCAUCAUGGACAAGAUCAAGGAGAAGCUGCCUGGCGGCCACGCUGACCCGCAGCACACCACAGCGACCGGUGGCGCCUAUGGGCAGCCGGGUCACACUGGAAUGACCGGCACCGGGGCGCAUGGCACCACGGCCCCCGGUGGCGCCUAUGGGCAGCAGGGUCACACUGGAAUGACCGGCACUGGUACGCACGUCCCCACAGCCACUGGCGACCCUUACGUGCAGCAGGGACACACCGGAAUGGCUGGCACAGGGACGCAUGCCACCGGCGAGAAGAAGGGCAUCAUGGAAAAGAUCAAGGAGAAGCUGCCCGGACAGCACUGAGAGCCUGAGUCCCGCGCCCGCUGCUUGUGAGAGUUGAGCUGCCAGCCGGCCACCGUUGCAGAAUAAUAAGAUACUCAUCAUGGAUGUAUCAGUGAGCCUAGCUCACUUUGUUGUUUGACCCUUUGAGGUGAAUUUUUAGUUCCCGUGGGUUCUCACUUUUACUUGUAGGGACUUCGCACGGUUUUGUAUACUUGGAUUGUAUGCUUUCAUAUGGACAAACGGACAGACAUUGCAAAUA